CCUUGGGGGCUCGGCUUGGGGCGGGGUUUGGGGCCCGGCCCCGUUCCCCGGCUCCCGGCCCGGCCCCGCUCCCGGCCAUGGCCCCGAGCCGCGCACGGCGGAGCCGGCCCGGCCCCGCGGAGCCGCUCCCGGAUGCCCCCGUUCCAGUGGUGCCACGGGUGCUCCUGCAGUCUGGGCCUGAUUUAUACCCCUAAACCCUGCACGAUGCCCCCCAUCACGUUCCAGGACCUGCCGCUCAACAUCUACAUGGUCAUUUUCGGCACCGGCAUCUUCGUCUUCGUGCUCAGCCUCAUUUUCUGCUGCUACUUCAUCAGCAAACUGCGGCACCAGGCUCAGAGCGAGAGGUUCGGGUACAAGGAGGUGGUUUUGAAAGGCGAUGCCCGGAGGCUGAACGUGCACGGGCAGACCUGUGCCGUCUGCCUGGAGGAUUUCAAGGCGAAGGAGGAGCUGGGGGUGCUGCCGUGCCAGCACGCCUUCCACCGAAAGUGCCUGGUGAAGUGGCUGGAGGUGCGCUGCGUGUGCCCCAUGUGCAACAAGCCCAUGGCGGGGCCGGCACAGCCCCGCGCCGGCAUCGGGACGCUGCUGGACGAGCUGGUGUGAGCGGCCCCGUGUCCCUGGGGGGGGACGAACGCUUCGUCUCGGAGGAUUCGGGAUUUCGGAGCUGGGGUUUUUAACUCGUGGGGGCGCUGCGUUGGUUUGGGGGGCGGUUUUUAUGCUGCAUCCAGCUCUCUGCCAGGACCCCCUGGGCUUGCUGACGGAAGGCAGAGCCCAGGGCACGGGCAGGGCUGUGCCCCCGCUGCUCCCUGUGUGGGGGUGUUUCUGUAGCUGCCCCUUCUGGACUUUGAGGCUCCCGUUUUGGGGAGAGAUUGUGCGGUUUUGUGUAACGCCACGAUUAAAAGGACAGUUUCUCA